GGCCAAAGUACAAAGCUUACAAUUUCAUUUUUUUACUGUUUAAAAUGCACACAAAAUUCUCUAAGACUAUAAAUUAUAAAUAAAAAACUAUUAAGAAGCCAUAUAACCUUAAAUCUAAAUGUUUGCAUAAUAAGUAAAAUAAUUUCACCAAUUUAAUAAGUUUAAAUCAUUAAAUUAUGGCUUCGUUAACCGAUUUGAUAUUUGGAAAUGAAUUAAUAUUGACCAACAUAUUAUCAUUUAUGGAUUUUAAAACAAUGAAAAUUAUCCGUCGAGUGAACAGCGACUGGAAACGGCUCAUUAAUAGACGAUUUAUCGACAGAGUUAUUAUUCCACUCCGGAUUUCGCAUCAGCCUCUCCUCAGGAGUGGCCCAAUAACAGUUUACAUUGGAUCUAAGCCAUUCUGCAGCUUCGGCGUAAAUUGCACCGAUCGGGAAAUUGGGAUCUUGAUUGGAAAUCGACUAACAUCUUACAAGAAUUUUUACAUUCAAGUGUUCCCAUCCCUCAUGAAAAACUUUGAGGUGGCGUACAAAGUCGUGGAUAAAUUAUUGGCACACUUGUGGAGGCCUUCCGUGCAAGUGGGACAUAACUUGAAUCUGGAUAAACUCAAAUAUCAGGGAACAGACCGGAAGAAGUUGAUGAUUUCUGUUAUCAAAAAAUUAAAUACAUUUCAACCCCUGGAAGCUUAACUGUGAUGCAUACUACUGUUCUUGACAUCCAUCAGAAGCUCAAUUACAUUAAGCUGAUUCACCAGUUAUUAGAUAUUCAUGAAAAAUUUAGACCUUGCAAAAACAUUGCAAAUUUUGUAAAAUUAGUUUACAAGUGUUAUAUGAUUUACAAGUUUUGCAUACAUUAAUGAAUUUUCCUUUGGUAAUACAUACAUGGUGCUUUCAA